AUGAAUCACUCGCAAGCUUUCCUCGUAGUCCUCUUCUUGCUCUUCCAUUUCAAUGCCCAAAACAGCUUUGCUCUACAAGGCUGGGGUACACCCAACCCAAGCUUCUCAAUCAUAAUGUGUGUUCUCAUCGUUAUGCUCUGCCUGGUUCUUCUUGUGCUUGCAUAUGCCAAGUUCUGCCUCUAUUCUCCACCUGAUCUUCCAAUCCCUCCACAAAGCCUUCGCCAACUUAUUCAAUCGAGCUCUAGGUUUUCUGGGAUUGAUCAAGAAGUGAUUGAAUCGCUCCCUUUCUUCACUUUUUCUUCCCUAAAAGGUUCAAAAGAAGGCCUUGAGUGCGUGGUUUGCUUAUCAACAUUUGAGCAAAGUGAAGUUCUUAGGUUGCUGCCCAAGUGCAGGCACGCCUUCCACAUGAGCUGCAUUGAUAAGUGGCUCCAAAGCCACUCCAGCUGCCCUCUUUGCAGGUAG